CAUGGCUGCGCGCAGCGCGAGUGAAACUACAGAUGUGCUCAAAUAGUAAAGCAUUUUUUUUUUCUUGGGUUAAUGUAUAUAAUUUAUUUUAUGUCACAUUUGAUACAUUUAUUGUUUCUUUUGGGAACUCCAAUUAUAACCUCACAGUGUUAUCUCUGGUAAUAUCACGUUAUGUGCUCAUCACCUUAGGAGCUAGCUUCGAAGAGUCACUUCAAAUCAUAAGCUAUUUAUUAACCUAACGUUUAUGCAUAUUUAAGAUUCUCUUCAGAUGAACUGAGGAGGGCAGCAAUACGCCUUUGAAGCGUCUAAGCUGCCGCUAACCACACAAGAAGAAGAAGACGACGAAUAUUUAAGAUUCAGUAUUAUUUAUAUGUCAUGUGAAAUUUAGAGACACUGACAUUAUUGUCUGUAAGUUCACCGAUGUGGGCUAAAUUAUUUCUGCGCCCCUCGUUUAUCAACCGAGUUCAUCUCACGUGGAGUCGCAGAUUAUUAGUCACAAUGCAACUGAAAACGAAAGAGUUUGAGACCUUAUUUACCGACGGGCUGGUUGGCAUUGCUGAAAUAUUUGAAAAGAACCAGUUUGAGCUGAGGAUUGCAGGAGGUGCGGUCCGGGAUCUUCUGUCAGGAAAACGGCCUGAAGAUGUGGAUUUUGCCACCACAGCCACUCCAGAGGAAAUGAAGAGCAUGUUCCAGGCAGCAGGAGUCAGGAUGAUUAACAACAAAGGAGAGAAACACGGGACCAUUACUGCCAGGCUUCAUGACGAGAACUUUGAAGUGACCACGUUGCGAGUGGAUGUACAGACUGAUGGGCGGCACGCAGAGGUGGAGUUUACCACUGACUGGCAGAAGGAUGCAGAGCGCAGAGAUCUCACCAUCAACUCCAUGUUUCUUGGGCUGGAUGGGACACUCUAUGAUUAUUUCCAAGGAUAUGAGGACCUCAAGUACAGGAAAGUAAGGUUUGUCGGCAGCGCCUCACUACGGAUCCAAGAGGACUACCUUCGAAUUCUAAGAUACUUCAGAUUUUAUGGUCGGGUGGCAACUGAGCCUGAGAAACAUGAACCCGAGACUCUGGAGGCAAUAAGAGAGAAUGGCAGAGGAUUAGCAGGAAUCUCAGGUGAGAGGAUCUGGGUGGAGCUGAAGAAGAUGCUGGUCGGAAACCAUGCUGAUCACCUGCUGGAGCUUGUCUAUGAGUUGGGCCUUGCCCAGUACACAGGUCUUCCAGCAGAUGGCAAUGUUGAGGAGAUGAAGCAGAUCUGGCAGAAGGCUCACGACAGCUCUCCUAAACCCAUGACUAUCCUCGCUGCUCUGUUCCGAAGCCAGGAGGAUGUGGAGAAACUGGAUCUGCGACUAAAACUAUCCAGAGAGGAGAAAAACUUGGGCCUGUUCCUGGUCAAAUACAGGCGAGAUCUCGUUAAGGGACAGGACGAACAUGACUGCAUGAAACUGUACACAGAUUUCAUCAUUGAUUCUAGAGAGCCGGACUCCCAGAGUAAAGUACUGGAGCUGCUGAAGUAUCAGGGAGAAAAGAAACUCUUAGUUGAGCUGAGCAGGUGGUCCAUCCCUCGCUUCCCAGUGAGUGGCCAUGACCUACGCAAACUGGGUUUUACCUCAGGUAAAGAGAUCGGCACCAUCCUUCAGAAGCUAAGGGACACAUGGAAGAAGAGCCACUAUCAGAUGAGCAAAGAGGAACUCCUGGCCACCCUCAGCACAUCCUGAUGCCAGAUAAGGAAACGCACUUGUGUCAGAAGUGCUUAUGUCUCUGCAUGCAUGUGCAAUAAUGCAUUAUGAGUCUGUGUUGAGAAGGUGUACCUCCGUAGUGUCAAUGGAUAUUGAGAGAAGGAACCAUCAGGGCAGUCAUAUAACACUUUUCUUAUUUUGUCCUAUGCCUUUGCAGAUACAAUGCAACCAAAGGUUUAGG